CGGCGGAGGGAGGAGGAGGCGCUGCUGGCCGCUGCAGUUGCCUCCGCUGCUGGGCGCCUGGGCAGCUCCCCCGGUUCCCGCGGCCGCCAUGGACGAGCAAGCGGGUCCCGGCGUCUUCUUCAGCAACAACCACCCGGGCGCCGGCGGUGCCAAGGGUCUCGGGCCUCUGGCGGAGGCUGCCGCGGCCGGCGACGGGGCGGCUGCGGCGGGGGCGGCCCGAGUCCAGUACAGUCUCCCGGGGAUCCUGCACUUCCUGCAGCACGAGUGGGCCCGCUUCGAGGUCGAGAGAGCCCAGUGGGAAGUGGAGCGGGCGGAGCUGCAGGCUCAGAUUGCCUUCCUUCAGGGGGAAAGGAAAGGUCAAGAAAAUUUGAAGAAGGAUCUUGUGAGGAGAAUCAAGAUGCUGGAGUAUGCUCUUAAACAGGAAAGAGCUAAAUACCACAAGUUGAAAUAUGGAACAGAAUUGAAUCAGGGAGAUAUGAAGCCUCCAAGCUAUGACUCUGAUGAAGGUAAUGAAACAGAGGUGCAGCCACAACAAAACAGCCAGUUAAUGUGGAAACAAGGUCGACAACUACUCAGACAGUAUCUACAGGAGGUGGGUUACACAGAUACUAUUCUAGAUGUGAAAUCCAAACGAGUGCGAGCUUUGUUGGGCUUUUCAAGUGAUGUCACUGACAGGGAAGAUGACAAAAAUCAGGACUCAGUUAUAAAUGGCACAGAGGCUGAAGUUAAAGAGACAGCAAUGAUUGGAAAAUCUGAGUUAACAGAUUCUGCCUCCGUGCUGGAUAAUUUUAAAUUCCUUGAAAGUGCAGCUGCAGAUUUCAGUGAUGAAGAUGAAGAUGAUGACAUUGAUGGAAGAGAGAAAAGCAUCAUUGAUACUUCAACGAUUGUUAGGAAAAAAGUAUUGCCUGAUAGCAGUGAAGAUCGAGAUACAAAAGAAGCUCUAAAGGAGUUUGACUUUUUGGUUACAUCAGAAGAAGGAGACAAUGAAUCCAGAAGUGCAGGCGAUGGAACAGACUGGGAAAAGGAAGACCAGUGUCUCAUGCCUGAAGCUUGGAAUGUGGACCAGGGAGUAAUUACCAAACUCAAGGAACAAUACAAAAAGGAGAGAAAGGGGAAAAAGGGGGUGAAGAGAAAAACUACUGAAGAUCUGUUUCAGCCUCUAUCCUAUAUAAAACAAUCAAAACAGGGAUGUGGGAGAAUGCAGCAUCAAAGUACAGGGCCCAAUAGGUCAAAACUGCAAGAUAUGCUUGCUAAUUUGAGAGAUGUUGAUGAACUUCCCUCAUUGCAGCCAUCUGUGGGUUCACCUUCCAGACCCAGCAGCUCCAGGCUUCCUGAACAUGAAAUAAAUAGGGCAGAUGAAGUGGAAGCAUUGACGUUUCCUCCUUCUUCUGGGAAGUCAUUCAUCAUGGGAGCAGAUGAAGCCCUUGAAAGUGAACUGGGACUUGGAGAAUUGGCAGGCCUUACAGUGGCCAAUGAAGCAGACUCAUUAACUUAUGAUAUAACAAACAAUAAAGAUGCGUUGAGGAAGACAUGGAACCCUAAGUUUACAUUAAGAAGUCACUUUGAUGGCAUUAGAGCCCUUGCUUUCCACCCCAUUGAGCCUGUUUUGAUAACAGCAUCAGAGGAUCACACAUUAAAAAUGUGGAAUUUGCAGAAAACAGCCCCAGCCAAAAAGAGCACUUCUCUUGAUGUGGAGCCUAUCUAUACAUUCAGAGCUCAUAAAGGUCCAGUGCUUUGUGUGGUGAUGAGCAGCAAUGGUGAGCAGUGCUAUAGUGGCGGGACUGACGGACUGAUCCAGGGCUGGAACACCACCAACCCCAACAUCGAUCCCUAUGACUCUUACGAUCCUUCUGUUUUAAGAGGCCCUCUUCUAGGCCAUACCGAUGCAGUCUGGGGUUUGGCUUACAGCGCAGCGCACCAACGUUUGUUGUCCUGUUCAGCAGAUGGCACUCUCCGUUUAUGGAAUACAACCGAGGCUGCUCCAGCCCUGAGUGUAUUUAAUGAUAAUCAAGAAUUGGGAAUCCCUGCCUCUGUGGAUCUAGUGAGCAGUGACCCGAGCCAUAUGGUAGCAUCAUUCAGCAAAGGAUACACAAGCAUCUUUAACAUGGAAACACAACAACGCAUUCUCACUUUAGAAUCCAACCUAGAUUCAACAGCCACCUCUUCCUGCCAAAUAAAUAGAGUCAUCAGUCAUCCCACUCUUCCCAUCAGCAUCACUGCUCAUGAAGACAGGCAUAUCAAAUUCUAUGAUAACAAUACAGGCAAACUGAUCCACUCGAUGGUAGCCCACCUAGAAGCUGUUACAAGUUUAGCAGUUGAUCCAAAUGGCCUGUACUUAAUGUCUGGCAGUCAUGACUGUUCAAUACGUUUAUGGAACCUAGAAAGUAAGACGUGUAUCCAAGAGUUCACAGCUCAUCGGAAAAAGUUUGAAGAAUCAAUUCAUGAUGUAGCUUUCCACCCAUCCAAAUGCUAUAUAGCCAGUGCUGGGGCUGAUGCACUGGCUAAAGUCUUUGUAUGACACAAUGCAUCAUCUUCACCUUCUAGCUCUUUAUAAAUAAUCAACUGCACAAAAGAGAUACAGAAGACCGGGGCAAGAGUCAACCCAUCCAGCCCUUUUGUUCUGCUGAAGGAGCACAGAGAACAUUUGUUAAAGUAUAGUUUUGCAAUUCGUUUUCUAAAACUAAGGUUUGUUCAGGUUGCUGCAAGCUCAGCUGAAUCUGUGAGCCUGAAAACUUUAAAAUUUUUCCCAAAAUAGGAGCUUUUAUUUCUGAGGUUGUUCUAAUUCGCUAGGCAGGCCUGAGCGAAGAACAUAGGUUUAGCUUGCCCCUAUUGAGUAAAUAGGGCACAUUAUAAGGGAUAAUUAAAAAGGUUGAUGGCUGGGAAUGAGUAGAGGAAGAGUGGAAAUUUAGACCUAGUUCUCCCCUGAGAAAUCUUGUUAAACAUAUUAGGUAGUCAAAACAGUAAUCUUUAUCAUAUCUGCUGUACUAACCCCUAUGUGCAUAAUGACCAGGCAGUGUUAAAAUGCAUUUUUAAUUUAGCUCUCCUUUCAACUGUUCUCAUAAAGCACCUGGGAAAACAUUUUACCUAUUAGAGGGAAAAAAAGAAAUGCAAUAACAUGUUAAAUAUAUUAUUAUUCAGAAAUGCUAAACAAAUAUUUAGUUUUUAAGCAGAUUUCUAUAUUGUAUUACAUUUUUGAAAAUAGAUUUGGUACCAUUCUAAAGCUUAGCUGUCAGAAACACUCACCAUUAUGAAGAAUAGUUGAUAGAGUCUGCUUUUACUAAAAGAUUUAACUUAUUCAGGUUUAAGAUUCUGUUUAUUUUUAAUGGCAAGCAGGUCAUAUCUUUAUAAUAAUUUCUGUUAAUUUUAAAAUUCAUUUUAUUCAUGUGAUGUUUAUAGUACCAGAGUGAUUAUUUCCUAUCAAUGAAAUCUUACCUUUCAGUGGUUGAAAAGCUGGAAGUUAUUUGCAAGUACUUAUUUAUCAAAACCCACAUAACCAUGCUUCAGAUGAUCUCUACUGUUUCUUCUUUGUUUCUUACAUUCAAAUUAUCUGACACCUACCAAAAAUAGUUCAUAAUUAUUAUGUUUUAAUAGUCCAAAGGAUAUGGUUAACCUCAGGCAGCUGCUUUUGCAGAAGUACUAAAUAAAGCAAAUGUUUUGUGCCCCAGGAAUUCCCUUAUUAAUAUCUCCAAGAAGAAGAACCUCUUGGAAAUCUGGAUGAAAUAGUUUGGUGUAUAAUAUUGGCUAAAGCGUUCUGUCUUUCUUUCCCUCUCCCUACUCACCUCCAGUGUCUAAUUGGAAUACACAGCAUGUUUUAGUAGGCAGUGAAUCAAUACUGUUUCUGGGGAAAACCAUUCUUGAAGGACCAGGGUUCCCUGAGCGCACCUUACCUAUGACCCACAUAUGGUCAACUCUUGGGAUUUCCAUGACCCCACUGUCUGGACCCAGUAUAUAGACCUCAUCCCUACAACUGUCUCACCUCUCCUCACACUCUUUCUUAUUUGCCCAAAAUGUCAGAGACCAAUCUGGAAAUUAGAAAUAAGUUACUAAUACCCAAAUUUUCAGCAAAAUGUAUUUUUAAUAGGCUCUCAGACUUAAAAAAAGUCCAUAUCCAUAAAUAUUUAACCUUUUAAUAUAAUUCCUACAUUCCUAUGCCCAUGUAUUCCAUUAGCAUAACAAUGGCACUUCUGAUAAUAUGUACAUCUACUACUCCCUGAAGAAGUUUUAUCACGAUAGUGUCAAUAUUAAUCAACAGCUUUUCUUUAAAAUUUCUGCUUAUCUGCCUCUGGAAUUCUGUAGUAUACAGGCAAGUUUUCUUUAAAGACCUGUGUUAAAUUUGCCUAAUUGAUAUACAGAUAUGCUUUAAUAUUUUGACACAGCUACCUUGUCAUUUCAUCUGUGCUUUGGUUCACAGUGGGCUCAAGGGACUCCUUUGUGUAUUCAAAUGAUUUGACCUGGAUAUGAGCUACCAGUUAAAUGUUUAUAUUCCCAUGCAGGUAUAGAAUUCCACAUUGUGUUGGGCGAGUUCCUCUUUUGAUUGUUCACAAAGUAAAUAAAUGAUGUUGCUGACCUAACAUUUGUAGAAGGAUACUGGAAAAUUCCAGUCAGGUGCUCUUAAUUGGCAGAUUUGUGAUGGAUGACUACAGGCUAUUCUACCAAUUAUUGCUUUAAUUACUUUCCAAGGUCCGCAGUGCCUGCUUUCCUUCUGUCACUGAAAUUCUCAAAACCAAGCCACUCUCUUCACCUGCGUUUUAUGCCGCAUGGUUGAAAUGCAUUUUUCUGUUAGUAAGUAGAAAACAACCAUGAGAUAUGUAGACUGUAGUGCAAAUGAUGGAACUGUUGAAAGUUCCUUAGAAAGCCAGUGCUGUGCUCUUGGAGAUUGUACCCAAAAACAGAGAUUCUUCUCCACUAGCACUGUUAUGAUCUCAGUGUAGAAAUGAGGCAAAGCUGUCUUCCAACCAGAUAGAAGCAUAUGUAUGUGUCUGAAUUUUCCCUCAGUUUAUCAAAAAUUCAAUGAAAAUUGACAAAAUGAACAAAUUCCAGAUUUGAACAGUCACUGAAAUGCUGUCAUAGUGCUUCAUUUGUAAAUAUUUUGUAUGAAAUGUAUUGGAAUAGUAUGGAAAUCAGCAGGAGAUGUGGGUCCCUGCCUUAUCUUCACAUGCUAUGGAUACAUCUCUGGGAGCUUGCAGCACCCUUCUCAAAACUCAGCUGUCAUAUGGAGCUCAUUUGCUACUUGAACCAUAGACAGAUAUUUAACAUAAGUGAUAUAAUGACCUUCAGUAUUUUUCUAUUGAACAAGUUUAGCAAUUUUUGCCAUUAAACAGAUAAUUAGUUAUGCAAAGUAUUUAGCUUUUAUAAUCAUUUUAGUUAUGACUAAAAGGGGGGGAAUUGAGCUGCAUCACUGAUAACAAACUUUGUGAGAAAUUUUUUGUUUAUCUGACUUUCAUUCCUUCAGUAUUCUUGCUAUAAAUUUCUUUGGGAGAUGAUGAAGAUUUAUUUGAAAAUGUCUAAAAUGUAUGUAUAUUUUAUAAAUAUAUAUUAUAUAUAUUGUAGGAAUAUAUAUAAUAUAUAUAGACUAUAUAUAUAUAUAUAUAUAUAUAUAUAUAAAACCAUAGGUGCAUUUUACUGUUUUGUAUGUUCAUUUUUGGAGGUAGUGUACACAGCAGGUAAUGACGAAUAUGAUGAGUGUUGUGCUGUUUGCUUUUGCAGUAUAAUAUAUAGUUCUAAAUGUUUAAAUUACUGUAUAUACUAUAUUCAUUAUAGGCUAGCAUGCUUGUUUUAAAGACUGUCAUUCUAGUUUAUUAAAAUCUGAAUGUAAGAAAACCUGACUAUUCAAAUGUGAAUUGAAAAGUAUUCCAUUCUCAGUACUGAACUAUUUCCAUUGAACAUUCAGGAUUUUUGACAAAACAGAUAUCAUCAAGAAGGCAAUAGCUAGAGAAAGAGAGGUGCCUUUAAAAAAAAAAAAAAACAAAUGCAGCCUUACAGUGAGGAUGAGGAUUGAGUUUCUUUGUGGGGGAAGGGGUAUGAGAGCGAGAGAGAGGGAGAGAGAGAGAGAGUGUGUGUGUGUGUGUGUGUGUGUGUGUGUGUGUGUGUGUGUGUGAGUGUUUGCCAAUCUGUGAAGGUCCUGAUUUGUGACCAUCAAUGUCUUUUUAAUGUAUCUGUUCAACUUCUAGGACUUCAGGGGACAUUUCAUGCGCUGUCUUCGUGCUCUUCUGAGCACCAUAAGUACUUUCCAAGAAUUUUGAAUGUGAAUUCCUAGAAAUUUCAGUAGAGAAGAAAAUGGCUCUUCUUUCAUUGUAAGUCAAGUUCAGGUAGUAGGAGAAAUUAUUGAUUCACCAAAAUUAUGGGAUCUCAUGAACGUUGGCUAAGUAAAUGUAAUUUUUAAAGGCUCACUUUUUUAGCACUUCAUAUAUUUCCCCUUUACACAAGAGCAUGUCAUGAUUCUUAUGUGAUGAAGAUUCAACUAGUAAAAAUCAUUUUUAAUGAUUUUUAAACACCUGAACUAGUUAAAAUUCCACCUAAGAAUAGUAUUUAAAUGGCAUCUUUCAUAUCUACCUCUUUGUCAUUGCUGCCAUUUUUGACUCAAGCAAAUCUUUAUGACAUCUAAAAUAAUGGUUGGAUGCAAUUUAAAAAUCUGUGUUGGUGCUUUUCUCAGGCUUUGUCAUUUAAGUUAUAUUGAACAAAGAUGUCACAAAUCAGAUUGAAAGGCUUAGAAUUAAUUUUGAUUUUCUUUUGAAAGAACUGCUUAAAAUUUAUCGUCAAUGUUGAUAGUGAGUUGGAGAUAGUCUCUGGUUAGUAUAUGUCUGUGUGGUGCUUUCAGCCAAGAGCCAAACUGUUACUGAUUUACAUGGGAAAAGAGCUCUUAAGUAUAAUUUUCUUCAGCUUACUUUAUUCUUUGAAAGCUAUUUCAAGGCUAUUAAGUACCUAAUCAUUAAUUUUAUUUACUCAGAAGUUGCCUCUGUUACUGUGUUGUUUAGUUAUUUAUAUAAUUGCAUUAUUUUGUUUAACACUGGGAUUCAGGUUGUACAAAAGUAGUAGCUGACAGAAAUUGUAUGUAUAUUUUUCUGAAACGUAUCAAUUCCUUCAGUUCAUUUUAGAAGAAGGUCCAGAAAACUAACAUAUCUGUGUUUAAAAAACAAAGGACAGAUCAGGUCCUUGGUAGAUGAUUUGAAUCAUUCUACUUUUGCCACUGAAAGUUUUUUAAUUGGCUAUAUAUCCAUCAUCCAACUGGAUCUCAGUGUCAUUGUAAAGGAUGCCGGGUUCACAGAGUAUUAAACAGAUUGCAUCUUUUUUUUUUAAUCCAAAAAAAAAAAAGCGAAUAUAAAGCCAAACAGAGAUCUCUCGAUCCCACUUAUUUAUUCUAGGAGUAUUCCUGAAGUGGUGCUUAAGGGUCAGAAUUUUCUGGAUCUUUGCUAGCCAAGCUUUAGAUUUGAUUUAACUGGGACCACAUGCCUGUCAUCCCUUGGAUGCAAAUUAGAAAGUUCAUUUUAAUUUAUAUUAACUGUUAUGUCUGCCUGGGUUUUUAACAGGCUGUGAACCAGUGAGUGCCUUGUUAACGUAGAAUGAUUUUUCCCUGGUUGUGUGUUAGCUCCUCUCUGAAAAUGUCUUAGAGAAUGGUAUUUUAGUUGACUUGUAGAGAGCUGCUAAAUUUGGUGUCAUCAGCAAUCAGAAAGCCUUCAGUCUACCACAUUACCACCCUCCGUACUUUCUUUUCAUUGUUUGGCUGAAGUUUGCCUCUUGUGAGAAACAAAUACAACCCCCUUCUCCACACAGCUUUUUUCCAAUCCAGAUUAAGAGGUAUCCCCUAUACCUAUCCCAACUAUAUGAUCUAAUACCUGUUUUUAGGAGGAACCACUUCUGGUUUUGUAAUCCAGAAGGAUUACAAAUCCUGUAAUCUACUGGUUAUUUUAUGUCUUCUCCACUUCAGUUUACUAGAGCUGACCUCAGGGCAUCAUCAGUUCAGAUUCAUCAAUAACUCCUUUUCUCCACACCCCUUCACCCCUCCAACUGGUGAUCCCUGGGCCAGAUUGUUUGAUCUUCAGGUAUUUUAAAAUUUAGGUGUAAUAUCAAUUAAUGUAAAUUAAUCCAAAUGCUAAUUUUUGUGGUGCAAGAAGUUUCUUUUGUAAAUUCAGGGUAUGGAUAAGCUAAUUAAGAUAUCCUUUUUUGGUGGCUCUAAGUGUAUUAUUUGUUUUUAAAUAAAGUGUACAAAUAUAGAUAAUGUGCUAUAGGUGUCUCAUGAAUUGAAAUAUUUGUCAGAUUUGGAAUCUAGUGGGUUUGCAGUUAAAAUACUUUAAUACAACCUGAUUUUGUUUUGGGGGUUAGGUAGUAAAGGGGUGCAGAGAAAUAAAAGUGUAUUAGACAAAGUAGGUGUGAAUCCAAAGUAAUGAACCGAUCUUAAUUAUUGAUUGUAAGGAAGGUGGAGAAAUUUAUCAUUAUAGAGAGUUUGGGGCUUUGUAAAACCAGUAAAAUUAAAAUACCCCACACGAUUGGAUCAUGAUACUUUCAGGGACAUGUAUAUUUUUUUCUCAAGUGUUCAGUUACAUAAUUUAAAAAAUUACACAUACACAUAUAAAUUUAAUGUGCUUUUAUUUUUUCUUUGUUUGGCUACUUAACAGGCAAGCAUAAGCCUUCUACCCCUUGCUCCUUCAGAUCAACAUUAUUUUUCAAGGGCUUCUGCUCAGAACUCACUGUCUCUUUGUUCCAAUCUGGAGCCACAAUAAUAUAUAGAAUCUAAAAGGUACCGCUUCUGGUGUCCUUGAAACUAUCCACUGUUCUAUGAUGUUUCAUAUGCUGCUGUAGUAAUAAGUGUUCUAUUCUUUGGUAUGUACACAUUUUUCAGUAGUGUCAGAAAUGUCCCUUUUGUCCCUUGUAAUGAGAACUGAGACGUGAUUUGCUGGAGUUGUUUUAGAGUCAUCUAGCUCAGAAGGUCAAGAGGACUCCAGAAGUUUUUCAGGGAUUGAUGGACCCUCUGGGGUCAGCCCAGGUUCAGAAUGGUAUUCUAACCUGCUUUAGGUUUCCCAAGGGCACCACUGAGGUUUUGAAGGGUCCUAGGUUGUCCUGGCACUUAGAGUAUUCCCCAGGAACACCUGGAAAUCUGGUAGCAUCCAAUGCUAUAACCAUAACACAUCCCUCCACUUGUUACUUCUCAGUUACACCUGUCGUUUACAAUGAUGGGGACGCUCUAGCUCUGUGGAGAAGCACUGCCAUGCAACUUUGAAAAUUAGAUUCCAUAUUUUCUGAAACACAAAUUCUAAUUUAGUAUAUUUUGUAUACUUUCAAAACCAAACAAUCCAAAACCCACCAAAUGGAAAAUUACUCAUUUCAAGUUUCACUUAGAUCUUACAAAACCCUAAGCCCUUUCUUAUUCUUAGUUGUUAUUAGACUAAAGGUAAUGGUGUUUUUGGUCAGACUUGAAGAAGGAUCUGGCUAUUUGGGAGAAUAAAAUCUGCAAUAUCUUUCCUACUGGAAGGGUCUGUUUCAUAGAAAAUUCUCUCAUCCUUGGUUAUUUAGCCAUUCACCUUACAGGAAGACUGGUCCAGAUGCUAACUCCCUUUUGACUUUUCCUGUGUGCCUCUUUAAAGAGUUAAUUAAUCCAGUGAUAUAAAGGAGAACCCACAGCAAAACACCUGUUAAAUAGCACUUGGAGUACUAGAAUUAGUAUUAUUAAUUCACAUGCCAAAGUUUUUCAUGUCCUUAUAAGAUCCAGGGUGUGUAUCAGGUUCCCAAACUAUAACCUCAAACCAAAGAUAUUUUUGAAUUACCUCAUAUAACAGCAUCAUCAAAUUAAGGGUAAUGGUAGGGAAACCCAUCAUUCACAAAUGAGAAUUCCCAAACUGAAAAACUUUCUUUAAUUAAAAAAAAAAACUGCAUGCAUGGAAAGCAAAAUUUUAUGUUAAGCAUAUGUUGAGAAAAUAAGCAGCUUGUGGUUUAUAUAAAAUGUGUUGAAAUGUUAAUGUAUACGACAUCACCUACUCCUUCCUUAUGGAAGUGGGACCAAGGCAGUAAUUUUUCAGAAAUAAAUAAGAUUAACUUACCUUAAAGCA